AUGCUCGUCACUCCUCUUACCGAAAAGCUCGGCCUUCGUGUCCCCCUUGUUCAAGGUGGUAUGCAGUGGGUCGGUACCCCUGCUCUCGCUGCUGCUGUCAGCAAUGCUGGUGCUCUUGGUACUCUCACCGCCUUGACCCAGCCCUCGCCCGAAGCUCUUCGCAGAGCCAUCCGCGAGACCAAAUCUCUCAUUUCCGAGGACAUCAGGAAGGAGCGUGAGAACCACUAUGGCUCUUUCGCCGUCAACAUCACUCUUCUCCCUUCUAUCAACCCACCCGACUACGUCGGAUUCGCCAAAGCCGCCCUCGAGGAGGGUGUUCGCAUAUUUGAGACCGCUGGUAACAACCCAGGAGAGGUCAUCAAGGUUGUGAAGGAGGCUGGUGCUUACGUUAUUCACAAGUGCACUGCUGUUCGUCAUGCUCGCAGUGCCGAGCGCCUCGGUGCUGAUAUGCUUUCCAUCGACGGCUUUGAAUGUGCCGGUCACCCCGGUGAGGACGAUAUUGGUGGUCUCGUGCUCAUGGCUAGGGCUGCUGAGGAGCUCAAGAUUCCCUUCAUUGCUUCAGGUGGUAUCGCCAACGGUCAAGGUCUUGCCGCUGCUCUCGCUCUCGGUGCCGUCGGUGCCAACAUGGGUACUCGAUUCAUGUGCACAAAAGAGGCUGAGAUCCACGAGAACGUCAAGCGCGCUAUUGUCGAGUCGGACGAGCGCAACACUACCCAUAUCUUCCGAACCCUCCGCAACACUGCCCUCAAGGGCCCUUUCAUUGGCGACGACACGCAUGAUUCUAGCCACACUGCCUCAGAGCAGAGCAGUGCAUCAGCGGCUGACAGCGAGCCCGCACCAUCCACUCAACCCGCAGUAGAUCCAGACAAGCCGCCCGACAUCCUAGACCCAGGCCAGGCGCCCGACCACGAGUUGCAGCGUCAGGCCACGAAAGAAGGCGCAGUCGAGUUGCUCGGCACGCGCGAUCCUGAUAGCUACACCUUGCAGGAAAAGCAUCAGGACAAAUGGAAGGCGUGGGGCCUAGCCAAGAGCUAUCUCAACGACGAGAUCGACCAUGGCGCAGCAAACGUUCCGCUCGCCUGGCAAGCUUUCCUCACUGGCAUGGUCGACAUGUUGCUCUACAGUCGGUCCCAAGUUUGGCUUGCCUUUCAGACGGGAAACAUGGUCCAAUUCUCGUCUAAUAUCGCGCAGUUCAUCAUUCCUGGUGCUGAGCAGUUUCCUCUGCUCACCCUGCUGCGGAUUUUGAGUGUGGUCGGCUUCUUCUUGGGAUCUUUUAUCGGGUUUCAGCUGGGUAGGCGGAUCGGUCACCAAAGGCGGGUUUGGCUGAUCGUGUCGAGUGUCAUUCAGAGUGCUUUCCUCUUUGGAGGCGCUGGCAUCUUGCUCAGUCGGCCGAAAAGCGAGAUGCCGACCUUCGAAUGGUAUCCAGCGGUUAUUGUCCUGGUUGCUUUCUCGAUGGGCAUGCAGAGUAUCUUGGCGCAGAAGCUGGUUUCGCCGGCGUUUGCCACCACGGUCGCUUUCACCGCAACGUUGACGCAAAUCGCUUCAGAUCCGUACCUCUUCCAUUUGAUCCCAUCGGAGAAGACGAGAGGCAGGGAUCGAAGGAUGUUCGCGGUGCUUGCGCUUUGUGUUGGUGCUGGUGUAGGCGAGUCGCUUUUGCAUACAAGUGCCAACUUGAGUGGCGGACUGGCAAUCAGUGCUGGUUUCAAACUGGUGCUUGCCCUUCUUUGGCUUGUUCCUCGUGGCAAGAAGAGCGGGCCUGUCAAGGAGUCCAAAGCCUGA